CUUGGCAACUAAGUACACAACUGUUAACUGGCCUAUUCUGACAGCUCUGCUUGUUGGAAGCCUAUUACUUAAUACGGAUUUAUGAUCCCGCUGCUUAGAUUUCGGGCAUUUCGAAGAAGAUAUCCAAACGCAUCGCACAGAGAGGGAAAAUAAUGGGUAGCACUGUGACAGAUAAGACUAACUACAGCAUGCUCCAGACCCAAAUAGAAGGCCAACUGUCAAGUCAGAAACGAUUUGUUCCUAUGGAAGAAAGGCGCGAUACCAGCUUGCUUCCAGCUGAAAUCAUGCCAGCUAUUUCUAGUGGAAAAUAUAUUACCACCUAUCGCGGCGUACCAUUGAUGAAAGAUCCUUUCACUCUCGCAGUUGUACCACAGUUGCUCUGGGAGCUUAAACCACGUACCAUAAUUGAGUUCGGCUCUUACGCAGGAGCCUCAGCACUUUGGAUGGCAGAUUUGUUGAGGCAAUACAACUAUGAGUCACGUGUCCUCUCGUUGGACAUUGAUCUCUCCAUGCUGGCGCCUUUAGCGAGGGAUUCCCGUUCUGAUAUUUCGUUUAUCGAGGGAGAUAUCUUUGACGUUGAAAAACACUUCCACGAGGAACUUCUUGAGAGCUUACCUCACCCAUGGUUCCUAAGUGAAGACUCACAUGUGAACAUGAUAGGCAUUUUAGAACAUUUUCAUAAAUUUAUGCAACCUGGAGACUACCUCUGCAUCGAAGAUACAAACCCAACGGGACCUGAAAUAUCCGGACAGGGACUCAUCAAGGAUCUCGGAUACUCAAUGUUUGGGGACUCCAAACUGAAUGACCUCAAAAGAUUUCUGAAAGACCAUCCAGGCAAAUACAUGAUAGAUAAAAAAUAUACCGAUUUUUACGGAUACAAUGUCACUUUCAACACCAACGGCUUCUUAAAACGGGUAUAG